AUGGCCAAUUCUGACAGUACAAGUACAGAUGAAUUUGAGAAUCCAAAAGUAGAAAACGCAGAGAAAGCGAAGUGCAAAGUACGAGAAAUAUUCGGAGAUGAAACGACCAAGGCCUUCGAAGGUAUCUAAGCUUAACUUUUGUUGACAGUGUAAGCUUAUCAGUUGAUGUUUGAUGAAAGCUCAAGUCAUAUUAUUGUGUAUGACCUCAUUUUUUCAAUUCAGUGAUUUGAAGUUCAGUUUUCUUUCUAUCUGUUAUUCCAUCAUUCUGUAAGUCUUGCUAUAAAAUAACUUCUGGCGCCAUUAAUUAAAGCUUAACUUACUCUUAGACUCUGUUGAUUCAAAUACUAGACAUUCCGCCUCUCUGGAAAAAGCCUCAGUAUUAAGCUUAUGAAGUAUUAUCUAUUUAUCUAACUUCUGCUCAUUUUCUAAAGUAUAACUGCCCUAUGUUUAUAGCUGAAGAAUUGUUAAACGAAGAAGGAAUUAAGGAUUUGAUGACAAGAGAUGCUGAUACCCCAAUCUUUGGCAGGCUUGGCCUGACAUAUGGAAAAGCUGUUCGCUUCAAAGCCGAAUUUACAAUACUCUUUCCUGAACGAAAGAUCGUCUCUGGAAGAAGGGCAUCACCUGCAAAUGUAAAACCUCGAAUGGAGGAUAUAGCCUUCUUCUCCCCGGAACAAAAGAGCGCCUACCUACUAAAGUAAGUUCGUUUGGAAUGUUUCUCAAUUUUUCAAAGGUAUUUGAGUUCGGAAACAUAUAAAGUGUGAAUAAACGAGCUGACCUGAACAACAGCGAGUUUGGAAAUAUUACAAGACCGAUGAUACACAGCUUGUUCAUAGUUUGCCAUAGAUCUUCUUGUAAUUUCUUUUUACAUAGUUUGUCGUUGUCAAUAUUGUGUUACACAGCUUACAUACGGAACCAAUUUGUGCGUUUGCACAGAUCCGGUACAAACCCCUCGAGCACAUUGUAAAUAGAUAUAAGGGUGAAAAACCUUCUCUUUGUUUUUAUUGCAGACGGAAAAGGAUUGGAAUGUUAGCAUCAACCCAAUGGAAGGGAGUUGUACCAAAGUGCAAUAAUCCCAAGGCAAAAGCAGAGUUGGCAAGUUUUUCUCCUGAAUUUACUCCCCAGUGUGGUAUGCCAGAAGUAGGAUUUAACUUUCUUUCAUGA